UAUCGUUUCGAAAACGUCAAAUGAGUGAAAACAAACCGAUUCACAGCACAACACGCACACCACCAACGAGGGCGGCCGUCAAUAUUGACCAUCGAAAUCCAUCGUCCAAAACAGAGACAGAGUGCCAACAGAGUCCAUCAGCAGCAGCCGUGCGCUUUUGUUAUCGGUCACGGUGGCCGAAGUUUAGUGUUCCGCGGACAAUCCAAUCAAUCCGGAGAGGAGCUUCGUGUUGUCAGUUCGAACGGUGUACUACAAGAUGACACUGAGGGAAGGUUUGGGGAGCCGUAGCACUAGCAGCUCCCUGCGGCUGGAGGAAGGCUCCGCAGGACGAAGGACCAACUUUUCGUCCUUCAGCAGCAGCUUCGACGAGUUCGGUCCACCGUACGCCGAUUUGCCCAUGGAGAUUCUGGUCAAAAUCUUCACCUACCUUACGCCGUCGGAUCGGCGCGAAGCCAGCCAAACGUGCCGCCGGUGGUGCGAAGCAUCGCACCAUACCGCCUUCCUCGAGAACUUCUGGCUCGUGCUGCACCGCCAGCCGUUCGACGCGAAUGGCCCCCCGGUCCGGGAUCUGCUGCAAAGCUUCCGCCACUUCCCGAACGUCCACCUGUCCGAGGUCGAUUUCGAGCGCAUCGGUAACUUCUUCACCCACUUCGGGCCACACAUCCGGCGGAUCGGGCUUCGUGCGUGUGAAAUACAGGAGCGCGAUCUUACCGCCAUACUGCGCCGGCUGCCCGCGCUGCGCGCCCUCACGAUCGAAUCCUGCCGCGAUCUGUUCAUGUGCGUGCGGCUGUUCGAGGAUGCGGCGGAGCGGGAGGAGCUCCGGCAAACGCUCUCGAACGUGACCGACCUGUCGCUCACCCACAACCAGUACCUGUCCGAUGCGAUCCUGCACCGGAUGGUGGAGAUCAUGCCGUCGCUCCGGGCGCUUGCCCUCGCCGGCUGCCACAUCUCCUUCCACAAGGGCCUGUACCGGAAGUUUUACCCGGGCGAUGGUAAGCAACCGUCCGAGAGUGUGCUCACCUUCCACUACGUGUCGCAGCUGAUCGAGCAGCGGAAGGGUUCGCUGCGGGCGCUCGACUUUGGCGAAACGCUCGUGGACGAUAAUGCGCUCGAGGUGCUGGCCGGCAUGAGUCCGGCGCUGUGUCUCGAGCGGCUGGAGCUAAACCGGUGCGAGCAGCUGUCGAGCCGCGGACUGGGGACACUCAUCACCGCCCAGGCGGCCCAUCUGCAGCAUCUGAAUCUGUCGAAAACGUUCCGGCUGACCGAUUCCUGCCUACUGCAGAUUUGCCGCGAGCUGCGCGGGCUGCGCGUGCUGAAGAUGCGCGAAUGUCGCGCGCUAAGCAAUCAGGGUGUGCGCGAGCUGGUGCAGCUGCCGGCGCUGGAAGUGCUGGACAUUUCCUACUGCGAGGAUGUAAACGGAGCGGGCCUGCUGGAGGGUAUUGCGUCGCGGCCGAACGAAACGCUGCGAGAGUUGCGCGUGCGGGCGCUCAACCUCUGCGAACGGUCGAUAAUUGCCAUCAGCGAGCAGCUGUCGGCGUUACGCAUUCUCGACCUGGGGUACUGCUUCCACGCCGUCUCGGACCUGUGCGUGCAGUUUAUCUUCCGCAACCUGGUCCGGCUGACGGAGCUGGAUCUGGAGAGCUGCCGCAAACUGUCCGACGAAGGGCUGACGGGAUUGGGCAUGCUGCCAAUCAUACAACGCCACGAGCAACAGCAGCAGCAACCGACGGCCCAGCCAGGUGCAUCCCUUGGUAAUGGCAGCGUGGAAGGGAACGCGCCGCCGGCAGACGAUCAGGCCCGUCCGGCCACCCCCGAACCGGAACCGUCGCUCCAGGCGGCCACCGCCCACAUGCGCAUCUCGCUGCGCAGCCGGGCGGAGCGUGAGAUCGUCGAGGAUGCCGAGCGGAAGAAGCAGCUGCUCGAGGCGAUGCAGCGCAAGGACAAUCUGCAGUCGGCACGGGACGACGGCACCGCCUUCAGCGGGUACUCGAUCGGGCGGCUCCAGCAGCUGCGCGUCCUCAACCUGACCGGGUGCAAUCGGCUGACGGACGUGACGUUGCUGUGCAACUUCAAGCUGCUGGAGCUGCGCGACCUCUACCUCGCCCAGUGUCAGCAGAUUUCGGUCGACGGUAUACGGGCGCUGGUCCGGGGCUGUCCCGCGGUCGAGCGGCUCGAUCUCAGCGAGUGCCACAGCAUCAACGAUCGGGCGGUCGAGCAGAUUGCGUUCCAUCUGCACCGCUUGCGUACGCUCAGCCUGCGCCGCUGCUAUCAGCUGACCGAUUUCAGCCUCGACUACAUCGCCUGUCACGCGCGGCGCUUGCGCGAGCUCGAUGUGCGCGGCUGCAAGCACAUGUGUGCGGAUCCGGCAAUGCGGCUGGUGAAUCUGCCCCUGCUUGCGACGAUACUGCCCGGCAAGCAGGACGAGAACGGUGCGAACGGUGUGUUCGGUGCGGGCUCGUCCGCCUCGUCACCAUCGUUACCGCCCGCACCACCACCGCCCGCCGCUCAGUCGCGCGCCACGAUGCGCAUUUAACAGGCGCUGGCUGUGGCUAAGCCUACUGCUGCUGUUCGAUGCGGCCUGUUUGCUGCUGAUGGCAUCGGUACUAGCUGGCUAGUGGUGCUGUUGUUUUUACCCCUACUGUACAUACUGGUUGCAGUGAAUGUUUGGAAAUGAAAUUGUUGAGUAUUUUUUAGCGUUUUUGUGUAGCAGCGCGCAACGAAUGUAACCGAAAUUAAUUCUUUACGGUGCCAUGUGCUAUUUUCGGUCUUUUUUUUUUGCGCACUCUCGAAGGAGGAAUAAAUUUCAAAGUGUAUCCGGUUCGUUUACCCAUUAACUUAUUUUAGCACGCCUUACUUUGCAUAAUAAAAAGUAUUACUCUGCAACUUGUGA